AUGAUCGGCUCCCUGCGAAUUCUGAUGCUCCUGGGCCUUCUGAUCCUCGUAAUCCAGGCCUACGAAGAUUCGGAUACGCCCUAUAUGAGAAAGGCCUACCUCAAGGACCGAUACGAGGCUUCAAUCGAUAACCGUCGCGAAACUACCCAUGUUGGUUUAUUUAUUUAUUUAUUUUUUUAUAUCAAUGUAUCACGGGGGGCUUGAGUCAUCGAAAAAUGGGUCCUGACGCGAUAUUUCUAGUAUUCACUUUAGUAGCGUUAGCACUCUUAAAGGAUCCCUAGAGACGCCCGUAGCACGUCCGGUUUUAGAUACCGAAAGAGAACGUGCGCCUUCCGAAUGACUAGAGAAAUAGCGUGUGAAAUUAAGAGGUUUAGAUGACUCUGUAGUUUUAAGUUAAUUUGACCCGAAAAAAUAUGAAAAGAUUAGACAUUUCAGUUAGGUUUUAUUUUCUCCGAAGGGAGCUGGGGUUUCAUAGCUGAGUCACGGCUGGCUUGAAUUAUCGAAAAAAGGGUCCUGACACGAUUAGAAAAGAGACAGCACCUGGUCAAUGGAGGGCGCAGACAGGCCACGCCCACUUAGCGUCCUAAGAUGGCCGUAAAUUGGCUAUAGUCCAUUCAUCGUUGGAGAGGGAAAAAAUACUAAACACUUUAGAGAGUCAGAGGUCUUUAUAAAUAUCGCGAUAUCACUUUGAACACAUAAUUAACUCGGACCUUGGUAACCGGAGCGCCCCGGACGUGUCAGAGAAUUUCUAGUGGCCACUUUAGCACUCUUAAGUUACCCUAAAAAUGCUCAGAAACGUCCGGUUUUCGUUACCGAAGACCGAAAAUGAGCGUCUCAAAAUAAAUAGAGAAAUAGCGUGUAAAUGAAGAGGUUUAGAUAAAUCUGUAGGUAUUUUUUUAUGUUAUUUUUGAGCUUUAUCUGAAAAAAAUCUUCUUCCUAGUACAUUAAUUUAAAAAAAUAUAAACUGGCAGAAUUUUUGAAUAAAGCUCGGAUGAAUUCCCAAUCGGCUUUCUAUGAAGGUUCCAAGAGCUUUAGAAAAAACCAGAUUCCAAAAAAUGCCCUUUUUUCCGAAUUUAUGUUAAAAUCUAUAUUUUCCGUUUUCAGGAUCCUACCUUCCGAGAAAAAUUCGAGGCUCUCAAAGAAAAAGUGAAGAAAAGUGUGAAGAACGCUCAACGCAAAAUUGAGAAAUGGUCCAUCUUCGAUUGAAUUCCUCUUUCUGGUUUUUAUCUGUAAAUAAAUGUUUUUUGGAGGUUUUAAGGAAAAGUUUGGCUUGGAAUUUUUUGUAGACAAAGUUCGGAUUCAAAAAUAUCUGAGAAUAUAAAAUUUUUUGACAAUUAUGAGGUGUUUUGCUUUUUUAGAAGCUUUUUUAAUGUUUUAAGAGCCUUCUUAAUGGAUUCUUUUACUAGCAAAAAUAUGUACUUUUUUUGAUUUUUGAAGCAUUUUUUUCUCUUAGAACUUCUUCAGUAUUUUUGAAAAUUCUUUUUUUGGGAAAUUCAAAAACAUUCUCAGAGUCCAUAUAUUAAAAAAAUUUCAGUCUACAUCAAAUUUUGACCUCGCCCGCGAAAAUUUUAUUCUCCCGUAAAAUUCUUCCUUUGUCAUCUUUUUUUCGGUUCUUUGAUUUUUCGUAUUUAUAAAAAUUCAAAGUUCGAUAGUCAUGGUCCAUCCCAAUUUUUAUAGCAUUUUUGCUCCAUUUUGGAGAAGAUUUCAAUCAAUCAAUAGGGGAGAUGACGUCACUUUUCAUUUAUACCGUGUUCAAAAAAUUCAAAAUUGUCUAUAGCCCAUCCACGCAGAUUUUUACGUUUUUCUUUCCGCCAACAAGAGCGUAUAUCAAAAUUGGUCAAAUUUUGCCAACUUCUCUUCAAGACCUUUUUUUGCUGUCUUUUGGAGAGUGAAAAAGCAAGAAAAAAAAAACGUACUAAACUGGGAAAAUUUUUAGUGGCCACUAUAGGGUUUUGAAGUUUCAGUGGCUUCUGUAGUAGUCAAAUUAAUGGCCACUGAAGGGGUUAAAAAUUAGUGGCCACUUUAGAGGUCUAAGUGCUCCUACUAGACCCCUAAAAUUCUUACUGGCCACUUUAAGGGUCAAUGGUUCAACAUAACUGGUCCAAUCUGUUUGUUUUAGAAUUAUCAGAGUUACUAAAAGGAAUACUGGAUGAAAAACUACUGAAGUGGCCACUAUAGAGGUGGGUUUAGUGGUCACUUUAGUGUCCUCUCCUUGUAGUCCUUAGCGUGCCUCUAUAGUGACCACUAAAAAUUUUCCCAAUGGUUUUCUGAAACUUCGUUGUCGUUUUCACUCUCUCACGGUAAUUUUGAACUUUGAAAGUUUAUUUUAAACCCGUUAAACUUUUCUAGAAGGACGUGGAGACCUGCAAAAGUAUGAAGGUUAGUAAUUUCCUUCAUUAUUAAAAUCAAUGAGAGUUUUACUAGUCGCUUUGCUGGCCAUCUUCCUCGUCGCCGAUUCUACCGACGUCGAACUCGAAGUCAAGGACACUGGCGUCAAGAUUAUAAGUUCUGGCGUUGCUUUCGAAAUCCCCAGAGUUCCGGAAAAGGUCCAGCCUAAUGUGAGUUUUGAUCUUUGUUCUUGGUAAAAUCCAAUUAUACGCAAAUCCACCAUACUCCGGUUAAUUAUCCUCACGUUUUUAAAAAGUAGGUGGAACUACAGUGCACAGAGCUUUUUUACGCUUUUCGCUUCGAGACCUCAAUUCUACAGCUUCACUACCGUUAAGAAAUUUAAGAAAAAUUAUUUUUGCUUACCACUUUCUUGUAUGAAACUCAAUUUUCUAUAAAUCUUUUCAGUUCGGUUUUUUUUUCUGGUGGACUGAAAUUCCACCCGAGUGUUUCGAAUAACUGUCAUCAUAACUACAGAAGAAUUCAGAAAGAUUUAAUAAGAUUUCAAUCAAUAAUCGUUUUUCGAUACCUUUUUUUAAUGGAACCGUCAAUCAGCCUCGUCUUAAGAAAAAAUAGGAAAAACUACAGUAUACAAAGGCUUUUUGCGCGUUUUCGUUUCGAGACCAGGAUUCAAAAAGUAUACGGUAUUUUGGCCAGGACAAGCUAGCGCCAAGUAUGCCAUAGGGUACUGAUAAACUUGCAUUGAAGAAAAAUUUCAUUAUAAGUACGAAAUAAUAUUGCGUUGGCUAUUCAAAAAAAUUUCUAGGGAGACAUAUUCUGAAGCGAAAUUUUUUUAGGUGCGAUACUUUCUGUUUCAAAAACGCAUAAAUAAGCAAAAAAAGAAUAACCAAGGGGAAUAAGAUUCUUAGAAAAAUACUUUUUUUAAAGUUAAAUUUCGCUCAAUAAUCAGAAUACAAACAUUUUUUUAAUUUUAGUAUUAUAUUUGAGCAAAACACCCUCCAAUUUUGAAAAAAAGGAAGCAUCAUAAAAAUUAAUUUUUUUAUUUUAAGGUCACAGUCACAGUCGAACCUGUUAAGGGAAGCUUCCAGCCAAAAAGUAAGUUUUAUAAUUAUUUUUUUCAGUUUUUGAGGGAUUUUUUUCGCAGUUUUUUUCAUCGAUUUUUCUUGUGAAAGAUCACUAAUUGGACUUUUUAGUUCGAAGAUUCUGAAUAAAUUGAUUAUUAUUUUUGUAGAACGUUUUUCAAUGAGAUUUGAUAAAGCUGAAUUUUACAACGCCCCGACUAUAAGGCAAAAAAAUGAAUUCAUAUUUUUUUGAAGAAAUAUUACAGGAUUUUCUAAAAAUUUUUUUAUCAAGAAAUUUUUUUCAAAGGCAUAAAUGAGCUUCAAAACUAGGAAUGAUGGUUUUUUCGAAUUUCGGUAGAAGAUCGAAAAAAAAGAUUUUUGAAAAAGUCGUACUUUGAAAGAAAUCACAACCACUUCUUAGAAACUCCAGAGGGGUCCCUAUAGGGUAAACCUUAGGGGCCCUUGGAAGGUCUCCUCUAGGGACCCCUUUACCACCCCUAUAAGGGCCUUUGACGCUUGCAAAAGUGGUUCAUAUGAGGGUUUGAGUUAGUGGUCCCUACGGGGGACAUGCUGUUUGAUAAUUGUUAUAUAGAACCCUAUAGGGUUCACUUGAACUUUAGGCGCCAAGGGGUCAGAAUCUGAAACCUAUAGGGACCACUUUUUCGGCCAGUAUUGGGACCCCUCUGGAAUUCUUAAGUCUAGAACCUCUUCUUCGGAUGGUACGACAAAAUCCCAAGUCCGUAAAUCUCGAGGACCGUAAUCUUGUGUACGCAGAUCUAAAGUCCCAUAAUCUUGGAAACCAAAAUCUUGGAAACCACAAUCUUGGAAUGUAAAAAUCAACGCUUUUGCGAAUAGAUUUCAUCAGAAAUUGUAUUCGGUGAUCCAAAAAAGAGAAUAUAAGUAGAUAAAGUGCAAUAAAGAAGACUAAAAAGGAAGAUUUUUUUGCUUUCCAAGAUUUUUGGUUUCCAAGAUUAUGGGACUUUAGAUCUGCGUACACAAGAUUACGGUCCUCGAAAUUUGCGGACUUGAGAUUUUGUCGUACCAUCCUUCUUCGUUUUCCGAAUAAUUUUCAAAAAUUUAAAGAAAUUAUAAAGUUUGGGUGUUUUUUUAAAAUAUUCCAUUGAAAUUUUGAAAUUCAUCUUUUUGAACUUUUUUUCCAAAUUCUAGGCUUUCCGAAUCGAUGAACCGAAGCGUCUCAGGCUUCUCAAAGAGUUGCAGAAACUCAAGGAAAUGAUUGAAAAAUGGUGGAAUUUAUUUGAUUUUUUUAAAAUUAUAAAUAUUUUUUUCAGAUGACUUCAAAAAAAGUAAUUGAGGACCACCGACAUCAAAAAUUCUGUAGACUACUUUUUUUGCAUAAAUGAUAAAAUUUUUCGAUUGGAAAUUUUUCAAAGAGUUUAGUGAUGAAAAAUGAUUGAAUGUAUUUAAAAAAAUUUUUUUGAGAAAUUCAGUGAUUUUUAGAUUGGAGAGGAAUGACUUGAUUUUUUUCAGUCUUUUUUUCGAGAAAGUUUGAAAAAUGGAUUUUGAUAAUAUUUCUUUACAAAAAUGGUCAAUGAUUUUAUAAGAAGGCUCUCAAAAGCUUUAACUAUAAUAAGCUCUGUUUUUUUUUAAAAGUUAUUCAAUUUUUCUAACAUUUCUUUUUUUUGGAAAGCUUAAAACAUUUUUCAAAUUGCUGACUUGGUCCAUUCAGCGCACGGAAAUUUUUUCUUCCCAAUUUUUCAUUUUUGGAUUUUCCUAAGAUGGAAAAAUUUUUGAAAAAAUCAACUUUUUUUGCACAUUUUCUGUUAGAUUCCUUCCUCCUUACAAGGGAGGUCAUUUUACUUUGCGGUUGGGAUUUUCCUGAAAAUUGGCCACUCCUUGCCGUACCAGAAGAAGAUUCUGAAAGUCCCAACCUGCACGACUUCCUAGUUUUCGAGAAAAAAAGUCUCAAAAUAGCCCUUUUUAGUGGAUUUUGAACGUUUUCUUUGACUUGGAGGCGUCUUUUCUCGAAAAAUAGAAAGUUGGGCAGGUUAAGACUUUCAGAAUCUUCUUCUGGUACGGCAAGGAGUGUUCUGGCCAAUUUUCAAUUAUUGGUUUCAAAUUUUCGGUUGUCUAUGUCUAUAGAAUCAUUCAGAAAAUAUUUGGGCGAAUUCAGAAAAUUUUUUCAUCUCUCCGGAAAAUUUAUUCCAAGUGAACGUGACGUGAUGCUCCAGUUCAGAAUGAUAUAAAAAGGACGACAACGAACCGAUUCGACAUAAUUUUCUGCUCGAUGAAAACAUCGUUCUUCCUCGCUCUGCUCCUGGUUAUUUUGGCCCUCGUCGCCGCGAAUCUGGACGAAACCGGCGCCGGGGAAUCUCUCCCGAAAGACUUUCCGAGAUACAUACCGUAUGCCGACACCAACAGAAAGUCGAUUCCACUGUGAGAUUUUAUUUUUUUUUCAAAGCUUCUGAAAAACUGUUCACAAAAUGUUUUUGAUGUGGAAAACGUCAAAAUGCGAUUUUUUUUAUUUGCCGAAUUUCGGGUAUUUUACGAGUAUUUUUUCAAUGUUUUGAAGCUUUUAAAGAAAUUUUUGCUAAAUUUUGAACCUUGUGAGGAUAUUUUCGCCAUAUUUUGGAGCUUACAACCACAUUUUGCCGUAUUUCAAUCUUAUACGGUUCUUUUAAACAAUAUUUUGGCACUUUCAAUGAAAUUUUUGCCGAAUUUGCAUCUUCUAAAGGUUUUUUUUUGCUACUUUGGAGCUUUUAACGACAUUUCCGCCAUGUUUUCGGACCUUUAUGAAUAUUUUUGCCAUAAAAAAUGAAUUUUUUGCCGAAUUUCCGGUCUUUUAACAAAGUUUUUGCCGAGUUGCGAAGCUUUAAACCAAAUUUGAGCCUAAUUUUGGACCUCUCAGGUUUUUUUUGCCAUAUUGUUGUGCUUAAGACGAAAUUUUCGCCGAAUUCGCAUUUUCUAAGGGUUUUUACCCCAUUUUGGACCCUUUAACGACUUUUUUGGCAAAUUUCGAUUCUCCUAUGGAUAUUUUUGCCAUUUUUGUGCUUUUCCGCCUUUGAAAAAAAAAUUUGCUCUUCUUUGAAGCUUUUGUCCAUGGAGCAACUUUGCUAGAAAAAUGGCGAGUUCAAAAAUUUUCUUGAAAAAUGAUUCUUGAUAUCUUCAAAAAAGCACUCAUCCGAGUUUCAGUGGAUUUUUUGGCACACCAUGAGAAGCUCUAUAAGAUGGCAUAACUUGAACUAUUUCCAGAAAACUUUUGAAAAAAAAAUCCCUUCUAAAAUAAAAUCCUGUUUCAGGGAGGCCCAAGGAGAGGACAUUGAAGUAGCCAAACACUUCGAUGGGGACCAAGAAAUGUGA